GGGUAAUAUCAAUACGCUCAUCAUUACUCAGAAAGUCACUAUAACUUGGACAGUGACCCUCACUUUUACUUUCACUUUUCUUCCCCAGAUGCAUCCCUCCUCUAUCCAUAACUCCGAGGCAGAUGCUGCCCUCCUCGAUAUCCUCACCGGACCAGAUCGUCCCACCCCAAAAACAGUAUUGCCUCGGAGGGAUGCUGCGCUUGACCCUCUACUCAUCGCAGCGGCUUCUGCAUCUGGUCCCCAUGUAACUCGUAAUCACUACCAGCAUGAUUUCUUUCCAGGUGUCAUGUUACCGCAAUCUGAAGGAUCUUGGGACUGGACAAAGUUUACUGGAGAAGACGCCUCGACGAAGUCAGAGCGAAAACGUUUGAUGUACGUGAGUAGGCAAGCUCCUCGUAGGCAGCGGCUGGGACUUGAUAUUACGCAUGGUGGGAAGGAGAAUGCGGGACCCCUUAUCCCUACUGAAAAUCUACCCACGUCUUACCAGAAAAAGCGGCGCUCUUCCCUCGCUCAGGUAACUGAAGAAAGGCUUCGGCAUCAAGUAUCUACUCAGCCGGAGAGCACGCGGUCUGUUCACAAGCUAUUUUCGCCACUAGAGGUCAAAUGUAUGGCUCGUACGCGGAUCCCGACACCCCACGGACCUGUCUUUCUACAUAUCUAUCACAAUAAUCGAGACAGCAAAGAACAUAUGGCUAUAGUCGUCGAUCCUGCUCAAUUCUCUGGGCCUCCUGCACCAGAUGAACCUCCUCAUAUUCGCUCUCGUACUCUCGAUGCUGUCUGGACUGAGAAUGAAACUGAGAUGGACCGCAUAACUCGGGGUGCCUAUGUUGGUCGACUAUCUCCGACUUCGCGGGUGACAUCCAACCCUCCCGAAAAUUUUGAGUCCCGGGACUCUUCCCGUCCUGUUCGGGAAGUAACUGGACUGACUGAUGCGAUCCCCUCGCCGCUGAUUCGUAUCCAUUCUGAAUGCUUUACCGGUGAAACUGUUGGGAGCAUGCGAUGUGAUUGUGGCGAGCAGUUGGAUGAGGCGAUUCGGUUAAUAUCGCAACCGAUCGCUAUUCCUUCGCAGUCUUUCUCCACACCCUCCAAAACCCUUCCAGGUCGUGGAGCAGUCAUAUAUCUUCGACAAGAAGGACGUGGCAUCGGCCUUUUGUCCAAGAUCCGAGCAUACAAUUUACAGGACCUGGGUCAUGACACUGUCACUGCCAAUCUGAUGCUAGGACAUCAAGCUGAUGAACGUGGCUACGAGGUAGCCUGUGCCAUCCUACGGGACCUGGGCCUUGGUAAUCCAGAUGGCGCAGGAGAAAAUGUAAGAGUGCUGACGAACAAUCCGGACAAAGUCGAAGCGUUGGAAAAGGAGGGGAUACGAGUCGUUCAGCGGGUACCGAUGAUACCAAGAAGCUGGAAGACGCGAAACCCACAGCUUGUAGACCAUGCAGUCUUGGCACCAGUAGAUGACGCUCGCGUUGCGGGCGCGACCUUGAUUGGAGGUGGAGCAGUUCACGGAGAAGACUUGGACAAGUAUCUUCGUACGAAGGUGUUGAAAAUGGGCCAUAUACUACCGUUGUGGUUAGAGAAUCCGGAACAGCAAUAGCGUUAUCUAUAUACUGUAUACAUAUCAUUUAUUCUUUGGAAUACAAGAAAUCACAGACCAAUCAAAUUUCGAGCCUAAACUGAAGUCGACAUACAGAGCUCGAGCUUAUCCUGC